CCCAAAAAAUUAACCCCUGAGACAGGCUGCAUUCUGCCCAAAAAAAUUAACCCCUGAGACAGGCUGCAUUCUGCCCAAAAAAUAACCCCUGAGACAGGCUGCAUUCUACCCAAAAAUUAACCCUGUAGACUGGCUGCAUUCUACCCAAAAAUUAACCCCUGAGACAGGUUGCAUUCUACCCAUAGAUUUAACCCAUAGCAUCCUGACAGACCAAACUGAAUCAUUUCUAUUAUAAAGAAACAAUAAGUUGGCUACUUACCCCUCACUCCAUGCCUUCCAUCACAGUGACUGUGCCCUACCUCUAGUAUGUGUAUUGUCACUUUAUAGCAAGCCCACCGGUAAAGCCUUACAGUUUACUAAGUAAAUGCAACAUUUUGACUAGCACAAUCUGGUCAGUUAGUCCAAAUACAUGUAACACUGCCAAAACCCUGUGAUCAUACAACAUAGUGCGUGGACUUUAAAUUACCCAGUGACCCUUCUUCAGCUGGUGCUCUCUCCAUCCAGACAAUCAGUGACUACUCUGCUCUUAAAAUCUCAGCCUUGGUCCUCCUGGACUCCCUCUCUGUAACCCAGCAACACAGAGUGUCUGUAACCUGCUCUGACAAAGAGAACACUGGGACUUGAUACAUUGUUUCAUAGCAAGGAGAGAGACCCCAGCCACCCAGCAGGCAGUGCCACCAAGGAGGGACAAUAGGAUCAGCUGGCGACAACCUCUACAAGCCAACUGAGAAGAUACCACAGAGGAUAACUCCAUGCCCUCCAGCUGUGAAUCCCCAAAAACCCAUUUGUGGCUCCUAAGACUUCCAGCAGCAUUUGGACACUGAUCUUCACCAGCCUAUGAACCCCCAUAAAAGAAGGGAUCCCAGUCUUGCACCCCCUAAGUUGACCUCACCACCAGCCCCUCAUCUCCAGGGUCUGAAGUAGCCUGGGCUGGCACCCUGUUACUGUUUUAUUUUCUCAUUGUUAUUGAAGCCCCUUGUGAUUGCAGCUGGCACCCUUGGGUGCCCUGAGUCCCUCUAUUUGCCCUCUCUGCUUGCACCCAUCUCGCUGCCCCCGCCUUGCCAAUAACCCUUGGCUGUUGUGAUGCGUAUUCCCGUAGAUCCCAGCACCAGCCGGAGGUUCAGCCCGCCCUCCAGCAGCCUGCAGCCUGGCAAGAUGAGCGACGUGUCCCCGGUGACAGCCCCGCAGCAGCCCCAGCCCCAGCAGCAGGAGGCAGCUGUACCCAGGCUGCGCCCGCAGGACAACCGCACCAUGGUGGAGAUCAUCGCGGAUCACCCCGCGGAGCUUGUGCGCACAGACAGCCCCAACUUCCUGUGCUCAGUGCUGCCCUCCCACUGGCGGUGCAACAAGACCUUGCCUGUGGCUUUCAAGGUGGUUGCCCUGGGAGAAGUGCCGGAUGGCUCUGUGGUCACAGUCAUGGCUGGGAACGAUGAAAACUAUUCGGCGGAACUCAGAAACGCUUCUGCAGUCAUGAAAAAUCAAGUGGCGAGGUUUAACGAUCUGAGAUUUGUAGGAAGAAGUGGAAGAGGAAAGAGCUUUACGUUGACAAUAACGGUUUUCACAAACCCACCUCAAGUUGCCACUUACCACAGAGCCAUAAAGGUGACGGUGGACGGACCCAGAGAACCAAGACGACACAGACAGAAGCUUGAUGACUCUAAACCUAGUCUGUUCUCUGAACGGCUCAGUGAUUUAGGGCGCAUCCCUCAUCCCAGUAUGAGAGUGGGGGUCCCAACUCAGAGUCCACGCCCCUCCAUGAACUCUGCACCAAGUCCUUUUAAUCCACAAGGACAGAGUCAGAUUGCAGACCCCAGGCAGACACAGUCAUCCCCUCCAUGGUCAUAUGACCAGUCAUAUCCGUCCUACUUGAGUCAGAUGACAUCUCCAUCCAUUCAUUCCACAACUCCAUUGUCGUCCACCCGAGGUACAGGGCUUCCAGCUAUCACCGAUGUGCCCAGACGCCUCUCAGGUGCCUCAGAACUGGGCCCAUUUUCCGAUCCAAGGCAGUUUACAAGUAUUUCAUCCCUAACGGAGAGUCGCUUUUCCAACCCGCGCAUGCACUAUCCUGCAACAUUUACAUACACUCCUCCAGUCACCUCAGGGAUGUCGUUGGGUAUGUCUGCAACCACUCAUUACCAUACCUAUCUACCACCACCUUAUCCAGGCUCAUCCCAGAACCAAAGUGGACCCUUCCAGACCAGCAGCACUCCUUACCUUUACUAUGGUACAUCAUCUGGAUCAUACCAAUUCCCUAUGGUUCCAGGGGGUGACCGGUCGCCUUCUAGGAUGCUUCCACCUUGUACUACUUCAAAUGGUGGCACAUUGCUAAACCCCAAUUUAGGUAACCAGAAUGAUGGUGUAGAUGCUGACGGAAGCCAUAGCAGUUCUCCUACCGUCCUGAAUUCCAGUGGUCGAAUGGAUGAGUCUGUUUGGAGGCCUUAUUGAGUACUUAUUUUUACCUGUGGCCAAAUUGCCUAUACGAUAACAAUACGAAAGUGCCUUUUCAAAACAUAUUCUAUGCAAUGUCAAGUUUAAAUGCAACUCAUUGAGACUUUUAUAUCAUGAUGCAAUAGAACUUAACUGGCAAUAAUUACGCCUUUAAGUUACAAACGAGUUCGAUAAAAGCACACUUUGCCUUAAAUAUUCAUUUUUGUAUUUUAUUAUAAUAAUAUUUAUAUUGACCUUAACCAUUCCAAAGAAAGUUAUACGGUAGUUUUUUUUUUCUCAUUGAAGUGACUUGUGUCAACCAGGGAAAAUAAGGGAAAAAAAAUAAUAAAAUUUUCGCUGCCACUUCCUGCCUUAUCUACAACAAAAGGGAAAUCCUGGAUUUUGAAUGAUUUCCACUCGAGAAACUGCACAAAAUACUUUUUUUUCAAUGACCAAACCCUUGCGGUACAUUGUAGCGUCAACAUCACACCUUUUAUGGACUAAGCAAGGUGCACUUAUAAAAAAAACUUUUUUUUAUU